AUGGCUUGCCAGCUCCAUGCACAACUAAUUCUGCUGACCACCUUCAUACUAGUUCUGAAUCUGAGACUUUACCCUGUCCUAGGUCACAAUUUGGGUGAUACAGAGAAAUCUAGUAUGGAAGAGGAAGGAGCCCCAGAAGCACUGAAUGCAGCUGUCAUGAUGUACAAUGAAAACAAGAGUGACUUGUACCUGAGACAUGUGGUAGAAGUGAAGAAUGUCAGAAAGCAUAUGGUGGCUAGAAAGAACUUGUUUUUUGAUGUGAUCCUAGGAAAAACAACAUGUAUGAAGACCCAGGCUGACUUGACCAACUGUCUCUUAAAUGAUCAGACUGACCAACAAGAGCAUGAAUUCUGCUCUUUUGAGGUCCUACUCUCGUACAUGGAGACUUAUACUGUCCUGAUGAACUCCAGUUGUCACAGAAUCUAA